CGCGAUGUCUUUCCUUCUUCUGUCUCCUAUAGUAGCAUUCCUCCUAUGCGUGACAUCGAGCACCGCAUCCAGCUCGAACCGGACUACCGUGUCCAGCAUCGAGCCCCAUACCGCCUCUCAGUCCCCGAAGCCCAGGAACUUAAACGCCAGAUCGACGAGCUGCUUCGUCAGGGCUUCAUUAAACCGAGCACGUCACCGUGGAGCGCACCAGUCCUCUUCGAUCGAAAGAAGGACGGCGCCCUCUGCCUCUGUCUCGAUUACCGYGGCCUCAACCAGUAUACGGUCAGAAACAGUUAUCCCAUGCCCCGCGCAGAUGACCUGUUCGACCGCCUCGCUGGCCACCACUUUUUCACGAAGAUUGAUCUUCGCAGCGGAUACCACCUGAUCUGCGUGGCCAAGGAGGACCAGCACAAGACCGCGUUUCGCUCUCGAUUUGGACACUACGAGUUCACUGUCAUGCCGUUCGGCCUCCGUAACGGUCCUGCCACCUUCCAGAUGGUUAUGAACACGAUGUUCCAGGACCUUCUCGAGGACUUUGUUCUAGUCUACAUUGAUGACAUCCUGAUAUACAGUCGUACCUUAGAGGAGCAUAUGACCCACCUCCGCACUGUCCUCCAGCGAUUACGCGACCACGGAUUCUAUGCGAAGCUCUCCAAAUGCGCCUUCGCUCAAUCCAAGGUCGACUUUCUAGGACAUCAGGUCUCCGAGCAUGGACUCCACAUGGACGACUCGAAGAUCCAGGCUAUCGUCGAUUGGCCUACACCUACUUCUCUUCCUGCGCUACGUAGUUUCYUGGGGUUGACCAACUACUACGGUCAUUUUCUUAAGAACUACGCGCAGUACUCUUCACAGCUGACUCCUCUGACCCGCGGACGUCUACCCUUCCAUUGGACCCCGGCCCAUGAGGAUGCCUUUCGCUCUCUGAAGCGACUUGUCACGUCAGCCCCUGCCCUACACCUACCCGACUACUCCCGUCCAUUCAUCGUCACCACCGACGCGUCCGACUUUGCCAUAGGAGCUAUCCUCUCCCAGAUUUACCCAGCCCCUUCUACUUCUCCCGACCCCACAGAGUCUCGUCUCCCUCGCAUUCCUCGCUUUCCGCCCCCACCCCCAGCGACUGCGGCUCGACUUGCACCUAUCGAGCCCACCCCCUCAGGGGCUCCACCUCCCUACACCCCUGACRUCGCUGAUGACGGCACAGUGGAGUCKCACGAUGGAGAGUGCCCAGUUGCUUAUCUAUCUCGACAGCUACUUCCUGCUGAGCGUAACUACACUGCUGACGAGCGUGAGGUCCUCGCGCUGGUUUACGCUGUUAAGAAGUGGCGUCAUCACUUACACGGUCACACAUUCACCGUCCUCACGGACAACUCUGUCCUCGCCGCUUUCCAGACGAAGCCGAAGCUGACCCCUCGCCAGGCUCGUUGGUGGCGUGAUCUCGCAGAGUUCGACUUUACCAUCAAGAAGAUUACUGGGGAACGCAAUCACGUAGCUGAUGCCUUAUCUUGCCGCCCCGAUCUUCAGUGCGAUGAUCGCCAGCUCUCUGCCAUUUCAUUCCCCGUCAUCCAUCCCGCUUUCCUAGAUGAGUAUCGGUCGACAUACCCCCAGUGCUCUGAGUUUCAGUCCAUCUAUGCUGACUUACAGGCCGGCAAGACUAUCCCUAACUUCCAGCUCGACCCCUCUGGACUCCUAUAUUGGCUUGGUCGCCAAGGUAACCGUACUCCCUGCUUAUGUGUCCCAUCUAUCGGUCAGCUUCGUGUUCGAGUUGUCGCUGAGUGUCACGAUCAACGUGCCGCUGGUCAUCUCGGUAUCCUCAAGACCCUUGACCGACUCUACCGACAUUACUACUGGGAGCACCGCCGUCCUUUCACGACAGAUUGAGUCCUCUCGCCCUCAACGCUGUCUCUUAUACACAUCU